AUGAUCGGGAGAGCUCUGAGCUGGGGAGGUUGGGACGCCCGAAAAGUUGAGCAAGUGCUGUACGGAUAUUACUAUAAUGCUGACACAGUUCUAUACAUCAGCACAGCUCAACCAGAGCCGCAGUUGCUUGCUGCCAGAGUGAAGAAGGUAUACGACCUCACUAUCCACUCAGAUCUCAACAAAAGUAUUGACCAUGGACAACCUUUCCAUAAUAUAGUCAAUUAUCGACUACAUCAGGAAUUCUAUUCACAUCUACCAAGUCAUGGGUGGUCGUUGGCAAAUCUUCCAACUCAGAUCAAAGACCAGCUGCCGCCUGUACCCGCUGAGUUAGUGUCUGAGGGCGUUUUGAUCACUUGGUUGUACACACUGGAAAACCCGUCUAUAUACAAAGACAUCAAUUCUGCCCUUGUCGCAGAUGACGAGAAACGACUUCAGCCUUGGAUGCCGAUGAUUCUGAUUGGUAUUCAGUACGCCGGAGAUCAACCCGUUCGCGGUCGAAACUACGACGUAUCGAGGCUCCAGAAUCACCAAAUACCGAUUCGAUUCCUUGCGCAUCCACGCCGUCUACCGAGACCCCAAAUUUGUUUCGACCUCUUUAUCUAA